AUGGCGCUGUGGUCGGUGCUCCUGUGGCAGCAGGCGGCCGCUUUUGCGGUGCCCUGCAGCUUCGAGGUGCCGUUCCGCGAUUGGGCGGCUCCGGGCCCCGGGAGCAGUUGCAACCCAGGGGCGCUCGUGGCAUGCGACGCAGACGCGGACUGCGCCGCUCUGCCGAAGACCUGCUGCCCGCACUACGGGCCCGGGCCCGCGACAGGCUGCGACUGGCUGCGGUGCCUGGAAGUUGGACAGAACGGGGGGACGGUUGCAGCCAUGAGCGUGAGAACCGGGACCUUCCGCCUCUCGCUCCCCGGGAGACACCGGCGGGAGGACCUCCCUUCGCACGCGUCGCAGCGAAGCUUUGCGGGAUGCGGCGAGAAGCCCCUGCCGGGCCCUCCACCGCAGCAGGCGUAG